UCAGCAACAACAGCAACCAGUAUAACACAACAACAACAAACAACUAUAAGACUGUGCACACGCAAGCGACAAAGAUUGCGUCGACGACGAAAAAGAAAAUCCACAUCAGCAACAACAGCAGCAGCAGGAGGAUCAACAUCAGCAACAACAACAGCCACAACAUUAGCAACAACAUAUAGCAAUAGCAAUUUAAGCAACAACAGCAACAAUAAUAAUCUCUGCUCUUUGACAACUUAUAUGCAAUGUGGCAAGACUAACAGCAGCAGCAGCAGUAUCAACAGCAGCAAACGCAACACAAUGCAUGACCUUUGGCCGACCACCUUAUAUUGUCUAUUGCAAGUGUUGCUGCCGUCAAUCAAACAAUGGCAACAUAGAGUCAAAUUUCUAAUUCGUCGUAUUGUAUAUGGCUUCAGAGCCAUAAUUUCCUAUACAAAUUGCCUGACCGAACUGUGGAGUAGAGACAGUAUUAGUCACAAGAACAACAAAAGCAACAACAGCAACAACUGUCAAACCAGAACCAGCACCAACUGUAAUAGUCAUCACAGCAGCAACAGCAGCAGCAACAACAACAACAGCACCAGCAGCAGCAACAGCAGCAGCACACACAUAUUUAAUCGACUUAAUAAACACUCAUGGAUAUUUUUAUUGAUAUAUUUGAAUUUAUCUGCUAAAGUUUGCCUAGCAGGAUAUCAUGAAAAGAGACUGUUACAUGAUCUAUUGGAUCCUUAUAAUACACUAGAACGUCCUGUUCUCAAUGAAUCGGACCCGUUACAAUUAAGCUUUGGUUUAACUUUAAUGCAAAUUAUCGAUGUGGAUGAGAAAAAUCAAUUGCUGGUCACGAAUGUGUGGCUAAAACUCGAAUGGAAUGACAUGAAUUUGCGCUGGAAUACUUCGGAUUAUGGUGGGGUUAAGGAUCUACGUAUACCGCCGCAUCGCAUCUGGAAACCGGAUGUCCUUAUGUACAAUAGCGCCGACGAAGGAUUCGAUGGCACCUAUCAAACCAAUGUGGUGGUUAGAAACAAUGGCUCCUGUUUGUAUGUGCCACCGGGCAUCUUUAAAUCGACAUGCAAAAUCGAUAUCACAUGGUUUCCCUUCGAUGAUCAGCGUUGUGAAAUGAAAUUCGGCAGUUGGACCUAUGAUGGAUUUCAGUUGGAUUUACAAUUACAAGAUGAAACUGGCGGUGAUAUCAGCAGUUACGUGCUCAACGGCGAGUGGGAACUACUGGGUGUGCCUGGUAAACGCAACGAAAUCUAUUACAAUUGCUGCCCGGAACCAUAUAUAGAUAUAACAUUCGCCAUUAUCAUACGUCGUCGUACUUUGUACUAUUUUUUUAAUCUAAUCAUACCGUGUGUGUUGAUUGCAUCAAUGGCACUGCUGGGCUUUACCCUGCCCCCGGAUUCGGGUGAAAAAUUAUCGUUAGGUGUUACCAUCUUACUCUCGUUGACCGUGUUUCUCAAUAUGGUUGCUGAGACUAUGCCGGCGACUUCUGAUGCAGUGCCUCUGCUAGGUACAUAUUUCAAUUGCAUAAUGUUUAUGGUAGCUUCAUCCGUUGUGUCAACGAUUUUAAUAUUAAAUUAUCAUCAUCGAAAUGCUGAUACGCACGAAAUGUCCGAAUGGAUACGCAUCGUAUUUUUAUGCUGGUUGCCAUGGAUAUUACGAAUGAGUCGACCGGGACGUCCAUUGAUAUUGGAAUUCCCCACAACGCCCUGCUCGGACACCUCAUCUGAGCGCAAGCACCAGAUUCUCUCCGAAGUUGAGCUGAAAGAGCGCUCUUCGAAAUCUCUGUUGGCCAAUGUGCUGGAUAUCGAUGAUGAUUUUCGUCACAAUUGCCGACCGAUGACACCAGGCGGAACACUGCCACACAAUCCGGCUUUCUAUCGCACAGUUUAUGGACAAGGCGAUGAUGGCAGCAUUGGGCCAAUUGGCAGCACACGUAUGCCAGAUGCGGUCACACAUCACACAUGCAUCAAAUCAUCAACAGAAUAUGAAUUAGGUUUAAUCUUAAAGGAAAUUCGCUUUAUUACUGAUCAGCUACGUAAAGAAGACGAGGACAAUGACAUUGCCAAUGAUUGGAAAUUUGCAGCUAUGGUCGUUGACAGACUGUGCCUUAUCAUAUUCACAAUGUUCACAAUAUUAGCCACAAUAGCUGUACUACUAUCAGCACCACAUAUUAUUGUCUCGUAGCCAUAUGGGCGAGGUGGUUAUUGUUAUUGGUUUUA